UACUUGAAAUAGCCAGCCUGUCCCCUGUGCCACCUCUCUUGGCUUGCCCUCAGUCACACGUCAGUUCCCAUCAAAGACUAUGCACGAGUGACUCUGACUGGCUCUCCCACUUGAGAUGUUUGGAAGACCUGUUGGAAACACUUUACCUCCCAGUUGGAGGGGAUAGUAUAUCUGUUGCAGGGUCCUUCCUUCCUUCUGGGGAAACCCAUUAGGACUGAUGUCGUAAUGAAUCCCCCUCUCUCUCCUCCAAGCCUCGGACUUCUCUCAGUAGAGGAAACCAAGUUAUAUAACUUUUUGUGGAAUCGGCCCCUCUAUUUUCAUUGCAGAAAGAAGAGUAUGUCCUUGGGAAAGAUGGAGAAUGAAUUCGAAGUCAGGAAAGCCCGACUCUAUAAGGGAUUGAGGUGGAAGACCCAGACCCAGAGCGUCCAGCACUCUCACUCACCUGGGAAUGAACUCUGCCCCUCCACGGAACACGCUUCAAAGGUCUGCCUGUGUGGGUGCAGCUUGCGGACAAAAGCCGUCCUCCAUCCCAGGCCGGAUCCAGUCCCGCUUCGGGUGCCGCCCAGCUUGCCCUCAGAGAGGAAGAUACUGGUUUCCAGGGAGACAGUCUUCCCCGCUCAGCUCUCCCACAACUCUCCGAAGGACAAAGCUGAGGGCAAGACCCAGCUGCUAUCUUGGCGUGAUCCAGUACCUCUGCGCCAGCUGGUGCCUAUGAGCGUGUGGCCCAAGGGCUUUAUUGAUCCGCUCCCUAAACCUUUGGCAGGGCAACCUUUGAGCACCUUUAUCCACAUUGAAGGGGUUCACAUCCCCAGAGCAGUAUCUCCCAUGAUAUCGCUGGUGGAAGAUACCAAGUCCUCUCUGCCACCUUUACUGAAAUGAAAUGUAUCUACUCAAUUAAUUACUAUUUUUCUGUGUCUACUGUAAGCGCAAAGCUGUCUAUUUUAACUGAGAAUAUAUUUUAUCCUCAUUGUAAACCCAGUUGGGACUU